AUGGAUAUGAACGUGCGGUACAGAGCUCGACGCUCUCAUACUACUAGUAUUUCCGGUAAAAAUGUUGUACGGAGAACUGAAAAGCGCUCGAAGAGCGGCUGUUUGACUUGUAGAAAUAGAAAGAAAAAGUGUGAUGAGACCAAACCGCUAUGUAAAGGGUGCCGAAGAAACUUCUUACAGUGCAUCUGGCCUCAAGGGAAUUCCAAAAGGAAGACCAAUGAUCAAAAAGAAGAUUCGUAUCAAAAUGGUUUUUACAAUCUGACUAUACAUGACAUGAUAGGCGAAGUGGAACUCGAUUCAAAAACAAAACUCAACACCAGCAUUCCGGAAAUCAAGGAGCCAUUUAUCAUGCUACACAUGUGUAAAAAGGGUAAACUUUGGAUGAAGCAAAAGGAUGGGUCAAUCUUAUUUAUUGACAAUUUUCCCUCUGUUGAACAAUUGAGUGUUGACGAUGAUCCAAGUUCCGAAGAAGAAUUAGAACAGAUAGAUUCAACUGUAGGUCCAGAUACGCAGUUUAAGGAUUUAUUUGAUUUAGACUGGAUUCCCGACCAGAUCUUAAUGGCUUCCGAUUUUGCAUUUAAUUGGUUUACCAGAGAAAAUAUUACCGAACCACUUAAAUUGCCGCCAGAGACUGCCAAACCGACUUUGACCGUGAAUGAGGAACCCACAGGAUGCUCUUACAAUUUCUUUUACGACGCUAAUGAUCCAUUAGCUCAGAAAUACAACGAGGUAUUCGAAAGAUUAGAAUCUAAGGAUCUCCGAGAAUUGAAAGACUACUCCAAGGAUGAGAAUUUCUUGAUUUACGCAUGUGUCACUAGAUGGCUGCCAAGAAUGGGACCCCAAGAUACCCAUCCAUUGCUGACAACAGCGGCUACGUUCACCAGACAUUUCGAGACGAAUUACGUGAUCAAAGAAGUAUUUCUAUGCUGUGGAGCAACUUUCCUCGAAUGGUACGACCAGGAAACAUUCAGACCUUUAUCUAAUCAACUUUACUCAAGUUCAUUAACAUUGAUACGAAAGUAUUUAAAUGACAAUCCCUUCUAUGGGACAGAGGCAUGGCUGUUGGCUUCUUAUCAAAUGUUAUGUCUGAGAAAUAAAACGACUAAUACUACAACUGUAGAUGAUUGUGUCUACUGUCUGGCAAACUCCUAUCGAAUUAUCAAGGCAACUUAUUAUGAGCAGACACAGAGUGAUAACCCCCAUCUUUUGUUUAUACCCGAUGAAAUAGAGCAAGGUGCAGUUCGUAAUUUAUCCUAUGAAAUUGAGAACCGUGCUUUAGAAAUAGAAGAACAAGUCGACAACGUUAAGAAACAUUUAAUCCUACAACCGCAUGAACGUAUGUUUUUGGAAAGUUUUAUCUAUAACUAUUCAGUGGCUAUUCUUUGGGCAAGUGAUUUAACUGGUUUACCGAAUCCAUUCAGUGUUUUCAAAGAACUGAGUCAUGUGCUCAAAUGUCCCAUCUAUCACUGCGAGUUUCAAUUCAUGAAUAAUCCUGUGCUGGGAGCGGCUCCAGAUGCCUUUGAAAUAUUAGCCAAGGCAUCAUACAUUGCUCGAUUGCCCAUGCCGCUUUUACCGACAAAUGUUUGGUAUAAAAGAGCGCUGCAGUUACAAUCAAUGACCGAAUUCUAUACAUCACCUGUACUACCGGGUAGAUUAAAGGAUUCAAGAGCUCAUGAAAGCAGCCGUCUCAAUUUACACGUCGGAAGAAUUAUAUCGAAGGUUUGUUACAUGAUUCUAUCCAAAAUUGUUCAAUUCGACACUUAUAGCAUUAUGGAUGCUCAGCCUGUUGUUUCCGAUGUAAUACAAACUUUAGCAAAGAUUCCUCGUGAUAACUUACUGUGGGGUAUUUUGCUUUGGCCUACAAUCGCAUGCGGAAUCUUUGCCACAGAUCGGCAACACCAGCAACGAAUCUUAGGUCAUUUGAACGAUGUUGCAUGUAUGCUACACAUGCUAGCAAUUUUUGAAACUCAAAAUUUCUUGAAGAACAUUUGGCUACAGCCUAUUGAAUCAAGACUAGAUAUCCUAUUUCUCACCCGCCGUGCUUUUAGAGUUAACUGUUAA